AGGAUUUCGAGAAAAAUAAUAAUAGAACAUCGUCGAAAUAAUGUUUCCGCGUAUUGACGAUAGAUUCCUGCAUUUCGGGAUACUAUGUCUGCUGUGGAUCGGUUCAAGCAGCCAGCAAGAGGAAGACAUUCCUCACAAUGAAGUGAAAAACUGGGCCUUAAAGUUUGGCGUGGAUUUAUGGGAAUUUGGUAAACAAGCAACAAAAAUGGGCGAGAUACAAAGAAAAUAUCACGAUGUGGAGAGCAACAUUGCAAAAAAAGAUGGUCUUGUUCUUGUUCGGGAGAUGGCCGCAGAAGUGAAAAACAUGAUGGACUUUAAAAUGAACGCCGUAAUGAGAUUAGUGGAGAGUGCCGAACAAGCCGCGGUAGCGGCACCAAGAGAAGGGAAUGUGUCACCUAAAUAUUAUGCCUCGCAUCGGCUUCACAAUUUGGUCAGCGAUGAAAAGGGUUCCGCUGGUACGCAGGAGAUGUUUCUCGCUGCAAAUCGUCACUUUGACCAUUUAGCGGUGAAUGUUACUUUGUCUGCUGUACUCUUGCCAAGUGGAAUUAAAGACAACGAACGUGAUGUUGCAUCAGGCAUUCAAUGGAGUGAAUAUUUAGAUCUCUUGUUUGUUAAUAAUUAUGAAAGUGACCCUACGCUAUCAUGGCAAUAUUAUGGAGCGACAACAGGAUUUUUACGCCGUUUUCCAGCGAUAUCAUGGCCUCCAAUUGAAGGUGUAUUCAGAUUAUCUAAGUACUCUUCACAUCAUCGGCCGGUGCGUGAUGUGUAUGACUUCAGAAUGUCAAAUUGGUUUGUCGGGGCGGCAAAUAGUCCGAGGGAUCUAGCAAUAUUAAUUGAUAGUACGACCUAUACUUCCGACAGAAAUCGACGAUUAACAAUUGCAACGACGAGAGUCAUAUUGGAUACUUUGGGACCGAAUGAUUAUGUCAACGUAUAUCGCUAUGGCGAAAAUGCCGAGGAAAUUGUGCAGUGCUUUAAGGAUAGCUUAGUGCAGGCAUCGCCGGAAAACAUCCACGAAAUGAAGAUAGCGUUGACUUCUGUAAAGCAUGAAGACGCUGCGACCAAUAUUUCGGCUGCAUUGAGUACUGCCUUCGAGAUCCUGCACAAGUACAAUCGUACCGGCCAGGGCAGCCAGUGCAAUCAGGCGAUUAUACUGAUCACUUCCGAUACCGACAGCCCACCCACAGAAGUGAUAAAACGUUACAAUUGGCCGCACAUGCCCGUCCGGAUCUUUACUUAUCUCAUUGGAGGUGAUAAAAGUCCCGAUCUUCGAAAUACGGCUUGCACAAAUAAAGGAUUUUAUGCAAGAAUAACAAACGUGGACGACAUUCAUGAUAAAGUCUUUGAGUACGUGAAAGUUCUAGCGCGUCCUAUGGUACUCUAUCAGCACGAUCAUCCUAUUCAUUGGAGUCCUGCUUAUGUAGGUGGAAAGAGUAGUAGAUAUGGUAGAGAAAAUCGUGGACAAUUGAUGACAUCUGUGACAGCACCAAUUUUAGAUCGCCGAAAUCAUACGGUGAAAACAGCCAAUUUAUUAGGUAUUGUCGGUACUGAUGUACCUGUUGAGGAGAUUCAGAAACUCGUGCCGCCUUACAAGUUAGGGGUUAAUGGAUAUUCGUUUAUUGUUGACAAUAAUGGCAGAGUUCUGUAUCAUCCUGAUUUGCGGCCUCUCCCUGGAAAUACAGAAUAUGAAGAAACGCUGAAACCUUCAUAUAUAAGUGUAGAUCUAUCGGAAGUUGAACUUGCAGAAUACGAUGGCCCUUCAAUCCCUCCAAAUAAUUCGCUUUUGCUUGAUCUAAGGCGCGACAUGAUCGAUCAAAAGGAAGGAGAAACGGACUUUACAAUCAAAAUGCAUUACGAUGAUAUGAAACGAGUCACAAUUAGAAGGCACAACUACUUUUACAAGCCGAUUGAUGGUACUCCAUUUUCUUUAGGCCUGGCUCUACCGGAGGGUUAUGGCUUGUUUGAAUUGCGCGCUGAGCAGGAAAUCAAGCUGGCUAUCGUAAACGUAACAGACUAUUUCAAGGGAAACAAUUGGAAGGUGCAUCCCGAUUGGAUUUAUUGCGAGUACAGCUCAGCUUCUGAUAAGUUUUUUUCCUCUCCGGAAGAACGUGUCCUGCACUUUCUAUUACGAACGCGCAGGCCGGGGUGGAAAUGGAUGUCCUUGAGACCAAGGAGUCCUAGCUCGCAUCAUAAACAGGCGAGCAAGUCGGAUAAAGAUGCUUAUUAUUGUGAUAAGAAAUUAGUGCAGUCUUUGGUUUUGGAUGCUUUAGUAACAGACGGAUUUGAUAAAAGAGAGGCACAAAGAAUGCAUAAGGAGGAAAAUGAAAACCCUAUUGCCAUACUGAUGGCUCUACUGCACAGUCAAGGUAAGGGUAGAUUCGGCGUCACCAGGAGCUUCAUAGCAACCAGGAGUGGACUUUUGCGAUGGCACGAGCAUCAGCAGAGUGACGAAACCAUCGACGAACCGCGGUUCGCGGAAAAGCACGCAAGAGCCAUGGAUUCGUCGUGGUACAAACGCGCAGUGGAUCAACAUUCCAUAGAACCGGAAAGCUUUGUCUUCAGUGUACCAUUUGAUGCAGCUGAUACUGCCGAUCCACUGGUCACCGCUACCCACGCGGUAUUUGUCGGGAAAAAUCAUAAAGCUCCAGCAGCUGUGGUGGGUUUGCAAUUUCAACACUCAUCUUUGGCAACUCACUUCGUCAACAUCACCUCUACAUGCACCGGUAUGGCGGGAUGUAAAAAAAAUUGCGCCUCGGAGGAACUCGAUUGUUACAUUUUAGAUAACAAUGGAUUUAUUAUUAUAAGUGAACGUCACGAGCAUACCGGAAAGUUCUUCGGCGAAAUAGAUGGGACUAUAAUGGAUUCCUUGGUGCAAGAUAGGAUAUAUAGGUAAAAUAAAUAUACAAAGUAUUAUUAAAAUAUAUUGAAUUAUAAAAGUAAGUCACAGUUUCCAAAAAAUUAUAACUAAACAUAGUUAUUAGUUUAAUAUUAUCACAUUAUGUUGAUAAGAUUAAAAC